CUCACGUUCAUACCCCCCGCAGUGACCCAAAGCUCCUUCAAUAAACUUAUAAAUUUUUUAUAUUUUUGGUGUAACCCAGCAACCCUAAUUUGUGCUUUUAUAAAUUCAUCCCCACAUUAUUCUGAACUAACAUUACAACAAUCUCAAAAAGCUCAUACAAUCACCAAUCACCAACAAUGGCGGCAAAACAGCUGGUAAACCGCGCCGAUUUCAAGUCAAUUCUCCCAUUCCUUCCUCCAUUAAAACUCCAAUCAUCAUCUAAUACACUAGUAUGGCCGAACAACAAGGUGAUCGAGAUCCUCCAAUCUCUCUCCAAAGGACCGAGUCAAAGCCGUGUCGACUCAGGAGAACGUUUCUUCGAAACGGUAUCAGAGUUGCGCGACUCGCUCGCUCUCUCGUAUCGAAACCGUUUGGCGCGCCACACUGGUGAAGGAUUCGCGCGAUUCUUCGACGAGUGUUUGUCGAGCGAAGAGAAGGAUAAGUGGUUUAAGGAUAUUGUUCCUGUUAUGGCCAAGGUAUUGCUCAAGUUUCCGUAUAUUGUUCAGACACAUUACAAAAAUUCGCACUCUGUUUUUCCUGGAGUUGCUGAUACUGCUCUUCGAUUGCUGGAAUCUCAACAAUCUGGCGUUGUUUUCCUCGCGCGGGACCUUAUUGCUGCUCUCUUGGCAUGUUCUUUCUUUUGCUUGUUUCCAAGUGCAAAUAGAAGGGCCAAAGAUCUACAGGGGAUCAAUUUUGAUACUUUGUUCACGAGUAUUUAUGAGAAGAAUGAAGAAUAUCAGAAGCACAAGAUCAAGUUCAUCAUGCAUUAUUUCGAGAGAAUAUGUUCAAAGAGACCUGAUGGUUAUGUUUCAUUUGAAAGAAAAGCUCUUUCCCCAUGUCCCACUUCUCAACUCUGGGCCAAUUCUGCAUUCCCGCUCUGCCGUUUUGAGGUUCGUUCUUCAGGCUCGAUAGAAGACCAUUCUGGAGGGUCUCUAGAAGUUGAUUUUGCAGACAGGUAUCUUGGUGGCCGCGUUAUGACCUAUGGGUGUGUCCAGGAGGAAAUCCGUUUCUUGAUCAACCCUGAAUUAAUAGUGGGUAUGCUCUUUUUGCCUUCCAUGUCAGAUAAUGAGGCAAUAGAAAUGGUUGGUGCAGAAAGGUUCUCAAAGUACACAGGGUAUAAAACCAAAUUGCAAUAUUCUGGUGAUUAUGUGGACAGAAGGGAAGUAGACUCUGUGGGAAGACGUAUGUCAAGAGUGAUUGCAAUAGAUGCAUUGCCCAAGGCAGGGACAAGACAGUAUAGACUUGAAUUUCUCUUGAGGGAGGCUAACAAAGCAUUUUGUGGCUUUUUGGACCAAGAUAAAAGUCAGCAGCAGAUGCUUCCACAUGAUGUGGGGGUAAUUACUGGAAACUGGGGUUGUGGUGUUUUUGGCGGAGAUCCUGAAGUUAAGACAGUGUUACAGUGGCUUGCUGUGUCUCAGGCGUCAAGACCUUUCAUUUCUUAUUAUACAUUCGGAUUGGAGAAAUUGCAAAAUUUGGAUCAGGUUUGUGAAUGGAUCUUAUCACAGAAGUGGUCUGUUGGCGAUCUAUGGAAGAGGUUGGUCGAAUAUUCUUCCAAACGGGCAAAUAAAGAGACGAAACGUGGUUUCUUUCAUUAUUUGAUCCCAACCAGUGAACAGAGUACCAGCAAGUAUUGCAAAUAAGUGUAUUGUGUAAAUGGCACAUUCUGAAAUCGAUGCAUAUAUUCUUAGUAGAGUUCUUGUACAGCAUGGAUACCAAGUUCACUUUGUGCUUGUACAUAUCAUGGAGAGAUAAAUUUCAAAUAUCUAGUAUGAAUUUAUAUGUGGUGGCUAUAGUUUGGCUUCCUCGAUUUCUCAA